AUGGCGAUCGUGGAGGACGCGUAUGUGUACGAGGAGGAAACUCACCUCACCGUCCUCAAGACCUCGCUCUUCUUCGCCGGCGAUGGCUUCACCGCCUACGACUCGAGAGGCGAACUCGUCUUCCGAGUCGACUCGUACGGCCCCGACGCAGGCGACUCGGGCGAGCUCGUUCUCAUGGACGCCUCCGGCAGAUGCAUCCUUACUGUCCGCCGCAAGAGGCCGAGCCUUCACCAGAGGUGGGAAGGAUACGCCGGCGAGGGCGCGGAGGGGAAGAAGCCGCUCUUCAGCGUGCGGCGGUCGUCGAUCAUCGGGCGGUCGGGCAUGACGGUGGAGGUCUACAAUCCCGGCAGCGAGUACCAGAUCGAGGGGUCUUUCGCCUGCCGGAGCUGCACCAUCCUCAACGCCGACAAGGAGGAGGUGGCCGAGAUCCGCCGGAAGGUCGACGCCACCACCAACGUGGUCCUCGGAAAGGACGUAUUCCUGCUCGCCGUCAAGCCCGGCUUCGACGGUGCCUUCGCUAUGGGGCUAGUCCUUGUGCUCGACCAGAUCCACGGCGGCGAUGAGGACGAGGCCGGCGGCGGCGCGGAUGGGGUAAAGGUCGGUGUGGAACCCAACCCCGCACAUGAGGGAGCAAUACUUGGAUUUGUCCGAGGUGGCUUCAUCACGCAUGAUUGGACGGGGAUCGGGAAGGAUUUUUCCCAUUAUUUCUUCAAAAAUCAUUGCGACCCCUAUAGAAUAUAUGUUCUGAUACAAGACUAUGGUUUCGUUUGGCUUUCUUCGGAGGGUUUUAAGGCGAGAAAAUCGAGACUCUUUGGAAUCUUCCGAUCGUAG